CGCACUUGUCCAAUGUAUUUGCUUAAGUCCUUUGGGGCUGCUUCUCUUCUAGCUGCUACCGUCGCGAACGCUGCCCAAGUCGUGCUCAACUGGGAUAUUACCUACACUAAUGCUAAUCCUGAUGGUCUACAAGAACGUCGUGUGAUCGGUGUUAAUGGACAAUGGCCGCCACCACCAGUGGAAGCUACCAUCAACGACACCUUGGUCAUCAAUGUACAUAAUUCGCUAGACGUGCCAACCGCUGUGCACUCACACGGCAUGUUCCAAAACAAUACCGCCUACAUGGACGGACCCUCGAUGGUAACCCAAUGUCCCAUUCCACCGGGCCACGAUUUCACCUAUGAGUUUAAUAUCACCCAGCACGGCACUUAUUGGAUCCACAGCCAUUACAUGGGUCAAUACAUGGAUGGUUUCCGAACGCCGUUAAUUCUCCAUAAUACAGUUGAAACCUACCAGUAUGAUUAUGACCGAACUGUCACACUAGUUGACUGGUACCACGCUGAGAGCACCGAGGGUUUGGCUACCUUUUUGAACGAAUACAACCCUACUGGGGCUGAACCAAUUCCUGACUCUGGUCUUAUCAUGGACAAUGCAAAUGCGAGCCUCACAUUUACUCCAGGGAAAACAUACCGUCUUCGUUUGAUUAAUAUGUCUGGAUUCGUUACGUACCACUACAGCAUUGAUAAUCACACUCUGGAUGUGAUCGAAGUAGACGGUGUCGAAGUGCAGCGUCAGCCAAUGGACAUGGUAUCGCUCACUGCUGCACAACGUGUAUCUGUUCUUGUGACCGCAAAGAAUGAUACGUCAAUGAAUUACUACAUGCAUGCUGAUAUGGAUACUGAAAUGCUUGACUCAUUACCAGAUACUCUGCAGUAUAAUAUAUCUAUACCCAUUUUCUAUGACCAGACUCAUACCAACUUUGGGGCUAUACAAAACAUCGCAUUCAACAAUACAUCCUUUGAUGAUACUAUUUUGCAACCAGUCGAGGUACUCGCUGCUGUGGAGCCAGAUGUCUCAAUUAACCUUGAGAUCAAUUUCGAUGUCACCACAGACGGUAUCAAUCGAGGAAUGUUUAAUGAUUUGCCGUAUCUACCCCCCAAGGUUCCUACAUUGAAUACAUUGUUUUCCGAAGGCCAAUACCCGUUAAGCUCUGAAGUUUACGGCCCGCAGACAGGUGUGCAUAUCCUGAAGCAUCUCGAUAUGGUUCAGCUAGUACUUAAUAAUAAGGACGGAAACGACCAUCCAUUCCAUUUGCACGGCCACGUAUUCCAAGUUGUUGGACGUGGGGAUGGCUAUUACGAUAAUAACUCGUCAAUUACUUUAAAUACCACCAAUCCGAUGCGUCGUGAUACGAUCAGAGUGCCCGGAGAAGGUUAUACUAUUAUUCGCUUCCGUGCAGAUAAUCCUGGUGUCUGGUUCUUUCAUUGUCACAUUGAGUGGCACUUGGAAUCUGGUCUUGCAGUGACCUUAGUUGAAGCACCCGAUGUAGCUCAGCAGCGCAUGACAUUGCCUUCUUCUAUGAGUGAAAUGUGUACCGCUGGUGGUAUUCCUGCGACAGGAAAUGCGGCGGGCAAGAAAGGACUGGAUUUAUCGGGAGCACCAAGCGGUGUCACAUUGAUUUACGAUGGCUUUACUGCUCGCGGCAAAGGUGCCAUGGCUGGUUGUAUCAUCGCUGCAUUGCUUGGCAUCGCGACGAUUGUGUGGUUUGCACACGCCGAUCCACAAAAGGAAGCACGAGCCAUUGUCGAAAGCAAACAUAUGCAGUAAUCAUAUAUCAUAGCUCAAAGUGAACAGCCUCUUUUAAUAGCAAACCUUUGUCUUUUAGUUUUCUUGACUCUCCCUCGUAG